UUCUUAGGGUCCCAAUUUCAGUGCAAUUUAAUUUUCAUUUGUCGUAUUUUUGUAUCGAUGAAUCCCGUCGCCGAGUUAUAAUCUGGCGGCGUGAAUCCAUCGGCGUCUGCUUCGAGGUAGACGAUCUGGUUGGUCUCUCUCUCUCUCCUCCAAAGCCGUGCGAGCGUCGGAGCCAUGUUUCUGGUGGAUUGGUUCUAUGGCGUCUUGGCCUCGCUCGGUCUCUGGCAAAAGGAGGCCAAGAUAUUGUUCCUAGGGCUCGAUAAUGCCGGGAAGACCACGUUGCUUCACAUGCUCAAAGAUGAGAGAUUGGUUCAGCACCAGCCCACCCAGUACCCAACCUCGGAAGAAUUGAGUAUUGGGAAAAUCAAAUUCAAAGCGUUUGAUCUGGGAGGCCAUCAGAUUGCUCGCCGAGUGUGGAAAGACUAUUAUGCCAAGGUGGAUGCUGUGGUUUACCUUGUGGAUGCCUAUGACAAGGAAAGAUUUGCAGAAUCUAAGAAGGAACUAGAUGCGCUUCUUUCUGAUGAAGCCCUAGCCAAUGUCCCAUUUCUCAUAUUGGGAAAUAAGAUAGACAUACCUUAUGCUGCCUCGGAGGAUGAGCUGCGAUAUCACCUUGGUCUGACCAACUUCACUACUGGCAAGGGAAAGGUAAACCUUGCGGACUCUAAUGUUCGCCCGCUAGAAGUAUUCAUGUGCAGCAUCGUCCGCAAAAUGGGUUAUGGAGAUGGUUUCAAGUGGCUUUCUCAAUACAUCAAGUGAGGAAGUUUGGAUGAAGAGCUCUAGUUCUCAAACACCCCCAGUUUGAUCACACUAUGACAUAAAUAUUUUCAUCCCUGUUAUACUCUUAAGUCAGUUUUUAGUUGGAUGUACCUUGUCAUGGAUAUGUCUGGAAGGUGAAUUAAUGUUGGUUCUCUCUGGCACUUACAGCUGUGCUUGUGGUUACUUGUUCUGUGAUUCUUAGCUUCCCCAUAGGUUUGCCAUAGAUUCCUAGAAUUCAUAUAGUGAAGCCAGAAGAUCCGGCAUUUAUAAU